AACAUUCUCAUUUUAGGUGAUAAAUAUCACGUUAUUGGGGUCGGCAGCAACAGUGUAAAAGUAUCCCAGUUCCCGCGGGAAAACCGCGAACUUGGCAACACUGCUGUACAGUAAAACAACGAGCCAUGUGAUUGGACGGCCGUUGUGUCCGUCAGAAAGAGCGCGCUCUGCCAUGUUUAAAAAGUGACCCUGCGUCGAGCCACGAUUUGCGAUUUGUGAUUGGCCGCGCGGAAGUCACAGCGUCAGUCAUUGGUUCGUUCUCUAAGCUCAGUGACAUCCUCUUCGCUGAUUGGUUGGGCGCCGCGCUCGGGCGCGAUUUCCAACGCGGGAAAGUACCGAUUGAGCUCGGAUCACUGUAUCAGCUCCUGCCAGUGAGAGGAACGGAAUCAAAGGCGCCGCGGUCUGGAACAUUGAUACAUGUAACAUCGGGAAUGACUGCCUUUAUUACACAGCGACUAACGGCACGUUAACGGCGGGAUAUUCCUCCAACUGCACUUAUUUUCACACAUUUAUUUUUAACUAAACGGUUUUAAACUUCAUUUUAACGGAACGUUAUUAGCGAUGGCUGACAGCAAGCAUCAAGUGAUAUUCUGUAACGACUCGCCGAAGAGAGUUCUGGUGUCCGUGAUCAAGACGACUCCCGUUAAACCGAGAGCGGACUCUCUGGUGCCCGCCAGCCCCGGAUUCAGUGACUUCAUGGUGUAUCCGUGGCGCUGGGGUGAGAACGCGCACAAUGUGACUCUGAGCCCCGGGUCUGGCAGCGGAGCCGCCUCACCGACCGGAAACAGCGGCUCUCCCGCCGAAUCAGACGUCAAUUCGUGCCCUGAACACCUCCAGGAUGGUAUUCGGCGUGGACGCCCGCGGGCAGACACCGUCCGAGAGCUGAUCAACGAGGGCGAGAACUCCAGCAGCCGCAUCCGCUGCAACAUCUGCAACCGCGUCUUUCCCCGCGAGAAAUCUCUACAGGCGCACAAACGCACGCACACAGGUGAAAGACCGUACCUGUGUGAUUAUCCGGACUGCGGGAAAGCGUUCGUCCAGAGCGGACAGCUGAAGACCCAUCAGCGCCUCCACACCGGAGAAAAACCCUUCGUCUGUUCGGAGAAAGGUUGCAGCAGUCGAUUCACGCACGCUAACCGUCACUGUCCCAAACACCCGUACGCCCGUCUGAAGCGUGAGGAGCCCGUGGGGGGCCCCGGGAGAUCACAGGGGGCCGACAACAAGGCUGUGGCUGAAUGGCUGGCAAAAUACUGGCAGACGAGGGAGCAGCGGACGCCCGCGCAGACUAAAGCUAAGACACUGAGUAACACUGCUAUAGAGGACCAGGAGCAGCAGGAUCCUCUGGACUUCCUGCCGUCUGACGAAGGUGAAGAAGAGGAGCAGGACGAAGAGAAGAGCGGCGGCAGGCGUCUCCAAGAGCAGCGCGAGCGUCUUCACGGCGCACUAGCGCUCAUCGAGCUAGCUAACAAUCUCUCCGCAUGAGCGACUUCCCUCGCGUCCAGACCCUCCCGGGCUUAUAUAAGCUACAAGCACCUUACUUUGCUUCCUGUUGUACCUUUAGGCUGCUAUGAUGGUAGUGAUAUCAUUAUAUGAAGAAUGUGGUCGUUUUCUCAGCUUGUUAAGGAGAUGAUGAGACGUCUCGUGUUUGUUCCGUCGUGCACUUUUGUUGGAAAGAGUGUGUGUGAUGUGAUAUCAGUGUGUGUGUGUGUGUGUGUGUGUGUGAAACAGGGUGCGGUGACCGACCUGCUAAAGAUGAAGACUUACUGACGGCAGAUGGCAUAGCGCUUUUAUACAUUAGUCCGGUUGGCUUCGUACGCCGUCGUCCAUCACAUCGGUCAUGUUUAAUCAUGUAUUUAUUCUCUAUUUAAAGCCACCGGCUCAGGCUUCGCAAUAACGUUGAUCAAACUAACCAGCUUUAAAGAUGCCGCAUUGGUACACGCUUCUAAACUAGUGUAUGAAGCACUUACCAUAUUAAUCUACGACUGUACUUCCAAAGAUCAAAAUGAGAUUCUGGAUCCUAAAAAAAAAAGCACUUCGGUGUCGAUCCGUAACACUACGUUUUAUUUCUCUCUUCGUGUGCUUCAAUCGAUUCGUUUCGGAUUACGAUGUUUCAUGGAUUCGUUUGGAAACUGGAAGAUGUUCGUCAUUGAAAAAAAACUCAUUUUAUAAUAACACCCCCCCCCUCCUGAAAUCCUUGGGAAAGCCGUGCACGAGCCGAUCCGGUCUCGACAGCAGAAUGUAAUCGAGCGUUUUAUUCUGAGAUGUUGUUCGCUGUGCUCAAAAGACUUUGUACAGAUGUGUGAACGGGCUUUUCCUCAUUAGUUUUAGCACUUCAAGUCUUCAUUAAAUGAUAUGAAUCCUU